GCGUUCGCCACACUUCCUGUUGAUCCUGGCGGCAGGGUGAUGGGCUGAGAGGCGGGCCGCGGCCACUGGGCAGGCGCGGGCUGGGAGCGAAACCACCAGUCCCGGAGCGCGGGGCGUCCGAGGAGAACUGCCGAUCAUCUGUGGAGCGCCGCCGAGCGUCCCCGGAGCGCCCAGCAUCCCCAGAGAGCUGCCGAGCAUCCCCCGGGCGCCCAGCAUCCCCAGCCUCGCGUCCCUCGCUCCCUCGCCGCCGCGCCAUGCCAGCCGUGGACAAACUCCUGCUGGAGGAGGCGCUGCAGGACAGCCCCCAGACUCGCUCCUUGCUGAGUGUAUUUGAAGAAGAUGCUGGCACCCUCACAGACUACACCAACCAGCUGCUACAGGCCAUGCAGCGUGUCUAUGGAGCACAGAACGAAAUGUGCCUGGCCACUCAGCAGCUUUCGAAGCAGCUCCUGGCAUAUGAAAGACAGAAUUUUGCUCUAGGCAAAGGUGAUGAAGAAGUCAUUUCUACACUACACUAUUUUUCCAAAGUGAUGGAUGAGCUCAAUGGUCUCCACGCAGAGCUGGCCAAGCAGCUGGCAGACACUGUGGUUCUACCUGUUAUACAGUUCCGAGAAAAGGAUCUCACAGAAGUGAGCACUCUGAAGGAUCUCUUUGGACUUGCCAGCAAUGAGCAUGACCUUUCAAUGGCAAAAUACAGCAGGCUCCCUAAGAAAAAGGAGAACGAAAGGGUGAAGGCUGAAGUUGGGAAAGAGGUGGCAUCUGCCCGCCGGAAACAGCACCUGUCAUCCCUGCAGUACUACUGCGCGCUCAACGCACUGCAGUACCGCAAGCGGAUGGCCAUGAUGGAACCCCUGAUAGGCUUUGCCCAUGGACAGAUUAACUUUUUCAAGAGAGGAGCGGAGAUGUUCUCCAAAAGUAUGGACGGUUUCUUAUCAUCCGUUACAGACAUGGUUCAGAGCAUUCAGGUGGAACUGGAAACUGAGGCAGACAAGAUGCGAGUGUCCCAGCAAGAGUUGCUUUCAGUCGAUGAAUCUGUUUACACUCCGGACAUGGAUGUGGCCACAUCACAGAUCAACAGGAACCUCAUCCAGAAGACUGGCUACCUCAAUCUCAGAAACAAGACGGGACUGGUCACUACCACCUGGGAGAGGCUGUACUUCUUCACCCAAGGCGGGAACCUCAUGUGCCAGCCCAGGGGAGCCGUGGCUGGAGGCUUGAUUCAGGACCUGGACAACUGCUCUGUGAUGGCUGUGGAUUGUGAAGACCGACGAUACUGCUUUCAGAUCUCCACGCCCAGUGGCAAACCGGGGAUAAUUCUCCAAGCAGAGAGCAGAAAGGAAUAUGAAGAGUGGAUAUGUGCAAUAAACAACAUCUCCAGGCAGAUCUACCUGACGGACAACCCAGAGGCAGUAGCCAUCAAGUUGAACCAGACGGCUCUUCAGGCAGUGACUCCAAUUACAAGCUUUGGGAAAAAACAAGAAAGCUCUUGCUCCAGUCAAACCAUGAAAAAUUCCAAAACAGAAAAUGACAAGAUUGUGCCCAGAACAAUAGGCAGCGUUCCUGAAACAGAGGAGCUCAUUGCACCUGGGACACCAAUUCAGUUUGAUAUUGUACUUCCUGCAACAGAGUUCCUUGAGCAGAACAGAGGCAGCAGGCGCACCAACCCUUUUGGUGAGACAGAGGACGAGUCAUUCCCUGAAGCAGAAGACUCUCUUCUGCAGCAGAUGUUCAUCGUUCGGUUUCUGGGAUCAAUGGCAGUUAAGACAGACCACACUGCUGAAGUGAUUUAUGAGGCAAUGAGACAAGUGCUGGCAGCUCGGGCUAUUCACAACAUCUUCCGCACCACGGAAUCCCAUCUGAUGGUCACCAGUCAAACCCUGAGGUUGAUAGAUCCUCAGACUCAAGUGUCGAGAGCCUGUUUUGAACUUACCAGUGUCACACAAUUUGCUGCUCAUCAAGAAAACAAAAGGCUGGUUGGUUUUGUCAUCCGAGUACCGGAGUCCACAGGAGAAGAGUCCCUGAGCACAUACAUUUUUGAAAGCAACUCAGAAGGCGAAAAGAUAUGUUAUGCUAUUAAUUUGGGGAAAGAAAUUAUUGAGGUUCAAAAGGAUCCAGAAGCACUGGCUCAAUUAAUGCUGUCUCUACCACUAACCAAUGACGGAAAGUAUGUACUGUUAAAUGAUCACGCAGAUGGCGCUGGUGGAAGUCUAAGUGACAGCAGAGGCGCAGAAUCUGAAGCGUAACUCACUUGGACAGCUGGGGGCAGAGCGCUUGGGAAGGAGAGCCACCUCCUUAAGGGUUUCAACUUCUCUGACGUGCAGGCAUACUGAUCUGCUUUCAGAGUGCUGGCAGUCCCAUGUGAAUGUGCCCUUGGAUGCCUUGACACACAACUUGGGAGGGAACAGUGAGAAAUGGGUGCCCGCACGCCUACCCAUCUACAAAUGCUAUGUUAGGUGCUUUGUGGUAAGUCUUCGCUUCAGACUGUACUGUCGGUACCCAGAAUGAGAACUGUAAAAACGCAUUGUUCACUUUAUCUGGAUGGCACUUCAGUUUCUAUGAUCCUUUUUUAAAAAUGGCAAAAGCCUGGAUUUACAAUUUGUUAAAUACUAAAUAGUUCUUAUUAAUAUGGUCUAUUUUUAUAUUUUACAUAGUUUUUAAGUGCCUGUCAUUCUGAAAAUGUAUUUAUAACCCACUGGUCUCCUACCUGGACCUCAUGGCAUUACUAUGCAGUUUGGUCUCAAACACUAGCGAAGACUUCACAACAGGACCUUUCUCAACCAGCUUUCAUUCAUAAGCUUCAGGGCCUCUUAGAUGUGGCUACUCACUGUAAGCAAGGGCUCUACUAGUUCCUCUUUCUUCUGAGCCAGAACCUUUCUCAAAGGGAUUGGUUAAUUUUAGAAUUCAACUUGAAGCUCAGCUGGCAGUGGGGCUCGGUGUGAAGAUCUUGUUUCUACCCUGAUGUUUUUGGGGCUCGGUGUGAAGAUCUUAUUUCUACCCUGAUGUUUUUGGUUCCUGGAGUCCCAGACCAAUUUCCAAUCCUGCUAAUUAUGAAAUAGAGAUAAAGAUCUUGAAAUCAUGCAACAUACUUAAUUGUAACCAACUUCAACCUAUCAUUGCAAUAAUUUAGCAAUAAAAAUUACUGUUUCAUCUCUU